UGACGGUUCAAAACUUUUGCACAUGCGCACUCGUUAUUUAUUUAGUAUCGCUGUCCAUAUGUAUUUUUCCAUACGAAUUUAAGGCACCCCAGUUAGCGCUGGGACUGUGUAUGAGGCUAGGUACGCUGUUGCGUACGAGGCUAGAGUGCGCACAUGGCUAGUGUUGUGCGCAUGCGUGUGCGUGUGCGUGGCUGAUUGCGUCAUUGCGUACGAGACUAGGGAGGGCGCAUGCGUGCGCACGAGGCUAGUUGCCAGAGUAGAGAGGGAGAGAGGCCGAUUGUCGAUGUUAAGGCUGGAGUAGGACGAAAGAACAAUUUCCUACAUAUUGAUUGAACAUGUCAGACCACUUUGGGCCAAUAACAUUAAAGUGGGAUCCCAAGAAUCUAGAGAUCCGCACGAUGUCGGUGGAGAAAACUUUGGAACCAUUGGUUUUACAAGUUACAACGUUAGUGAACACAAAAGGACCAAGUAAGAAAAAGAAGGGCAAAUCGAAAAGAGCGAGUGCUUUAGUUGGAACUGUGGAAAAAGCAACAAGUAACUUUAUCGAAAAGGGAGAACAAAUAGCGUAUGAAAAUCCUGAUAUUACAGCCGAAAUGCUGAGUGCUGUAGAAGAAGUUCGGAAGACUGGCGCAGCUAUGAGCAUUGCCGCAAGAGAAUUCUCGGAGGAUCCUUGUUCAUCGUUAAAGCGUGGAAACAUGGUCCGUGCAGCUAGAAACUUGUUAUCUGCUGUCACAAGGUUGCUGAUCUUAGCAGACAUGGUGGAUGUACAUCUUCUUCUAAAGUCAUUGCAUGUGGUCGAGGAUGAUUUGAAGAAAUUGCAAAAUGCUUCGUCACAAGGUGAACUUUUGGAAAAUAUUAAACAAUUUGGUAGAAAUGCCUCAGAGCUCAUGAAUCAAGCGGCUAAACGUCAGCAAGAGCUGAAAGACCCACAAUUACGAGACGACUUGGCAGCAGCUCGAGCUGUUCUGAAAAAGCAUUCUACGAUGUUACUUACUGCUUCCAAAGUAUACGUUCGACAUCCAGAGUUGGCAGCAGCGAAAGCGAAUCGAGAUUACGUGUUAAAACAAGUAUGUGAAGCUGUUAAUACUAUCAAUGACGUCGCUCAAGGAAAAACUCCCACGGAUAGUCAACAUCCUUACGAUGGGCCUGGAGAAUUGGCUGCUGCAUUAGAUGAUUUUGACGAAAGGAUGGUUAUGUCACCUUUAGCAUACAAUGAAGUACGCACACGUCCCAGUCUAGAAGAAAGAUUAGAAAGCAUCAUUAGUGGAGCUGCGCUUAUGGCUGACUCUUCGUGUACAAGAGAUGAACGCAGAGAACGUAUUGUUGCUGAAUGUAACGCAGUCAGACAAGCUCUUCAAGACUUACUAAGCGAGUACAUGAAUAAUAUGGGUGUGAAGGAACAAUCCGAAAGCUUGGAACGAGCCAUUGAUCACAUGUGUAGGAAGACUCGAGAUUUACGACGGCAGUUACGUAAAGCUGUCGUUGAUCACGUUUCUGAUAGUUUCUUGGAAACGAGUGUUCCAUUAUUAGUUUUAAUCGAAGCAGCUCGUAAUGGAAGGGACAAAGAAGUAGAAGAAUAUGCGUUAGUUUUUACCGAGCACGCUAACAAGUUGGUUGAGGUAGCUAAUCUGGUAUGUAGCAUGUCCGGGAACGAAGAUGGGGUUAAGAUGGUUCGUUAUGCAGCAGCUCAAAUUGAGAAUCUCUGUCCUCAAGUAAUAAACGCUGCUCGAGUUUUGGCAGCACGUCCGCGCUCUAAAGUGGCUCUUGACAACAUGGAAGUAUUUCGACAAGCUUGGGAAAAUCAAGUGCGUGUUCUUACGGAAGCUGUCGAUGACAUCACUACCAUCGAUGACUUUUUAGCGGUAUCAGAGAACCAUAUUUUAGAAGACGUGAACAAGUGUGUCUUAGCUCUACAAGAAGGAGAUGCAGACACUUUGGAUCGAACAGCAGGAGCGAUAAGAGGACGGUCUGCCAGAGUGUGUAACGUUGUGCAGGCAGAGAUGGAUAAUUACGAGCCAUGUAUUUAUACUAAGAGAGUGCUGGAAGCUGUGAAGGUUUUAAGGGAACAAGUUAUGCCGAAAUUUGCGCAAAGGGUGGAAGUGGCUGUAGAUGCUUUAGGCAGUAAUCCACCAAAGGAUGUAGAUGAAAAUGACUUCAUAGAUGCUUCUAGAUUAGUCUACGAUGGGGUACGGGAGAUCAGGCGAGCCGUACUCAUGAAUAGGGCGGAUGAAGACUUGGACCCAGAGGAUGUCGAAUUAGAUGAGCACUAUACUCUGGAAACUCGCAGUAAAUCCAGUGCCCAGACUGGCGAGCAUGGGGUUGAUGAAUAUCCUGAAAUAAGCGGUAUCACUACGGCUCGAGAAGCUAUGCGAAAAAUGCCAGAAGAGGAUAAACAAAAAAUUCUACAACAAGUAGAAUUUUUCAAGAGUGAAAAACUCAAAUUUGAUAGAGAAGUCGCUAAGUGGGAUGAUGCAGGAAAUGAUAUAAUUGUGCUGGCUAAACAUAUGUGUAUGAUUAUGAUGGAAAUGACAGACUUCACUCGAGGUCGAGGCCCUUUAAAGACGACAAUGGAUGUUAUCAAUGCUGCUAAGAAAAUUUCUGAGGCUGGAACAAAGCUAGAUAAAUUGACCAGGCAAAUUGCCGACCAAUGCCCAGAAAGCUCCACAAAAAAAGAUUUGCUAGCAUAUUUGCAGCGCAUAGCUUUGUACUGUCACCAAAUGAACAUUACUAGUAAAGUUAAAGCCGAUGUCCAGAACAUCAGUGGGGAACUCAUUGUUUCUGGCCUCGAUAGCGCAACAUCUCUCAUUCAGGCAGCUAAAAAUUUAAUGAAUGCUGUUGUAUUAACUGUUAAAGCAUCUUAUGUCGCGUCAACUAAAUAUCCAAGGCAGUCUACAGUUACGUCUCCGAUCGUUGUUUGGAAGAUGAAAGCACCGGAGAAGAAACCACUGGUUCGCCCUGAGAGGCCAGAAGAAGUUAGAGCGAAAGUGCGAAAAGGUUCGCAAAAGAAAGUCCAAAACCCUAUACACGCGCUGUCGGAAUUCCAGAGUCCAACAGAAAGUGUUUAAAAGAAAUGGACGGCGUUUAUAAAAGGAAAGGCAAUUUAUACAUAUACAAACGUAUAAGCCUGGUAUAAAAGUGUGUUGCCUAAUACAGUGAUAAUACAAAUUAGCAGAAAUAAUAUGCACUGCAAAAAAAUUCACACGCGUAAUUUAAGAACCGGCCGUUGUGUGUAAAACCUAAUAAGGGUAUCUUUCUAUUAUAGUAUAUGUUACACUGGAACUUUAAUCAUUUAGAUGAAUAUUACAUUAUAUGUAUUAAUCGAAUUACGUUAUACAUAUACAUACACAUAUAUAUAUCACCGUAAAUUGAUGGGUAUCACAUUAUGUAUAAUAAUUUGUACUUUUUCAGUGGUCCAGUUACACAAAGUAUAAUUAUAAAUUACGUGAAUAUUUUCUACCAAUUAUGACCUUACCUUUAGAACUAUAAACGAACGCCAAAUUAUAUGCUUAAAGUUGCGUUUACCGACAAUACUUUUGUAUAAUUGUAGUCGAAAUAAUACGUAGUCUGUCGCAUGGCGUUGUUUAUUUGACAUUCAUUCGGUAGUUGUAUCGGUGAGAACGUGCUACGGCAACAUAUAAACUGAUUCCGAUACGAACUUAACCGUUUGGGUCCCAAGCAGCUCGAUCGCGCUGUUUAGAUUUCAUGUCGAAUAAUCCAGGCACAUUUGAACGCUAUGGACAACUGAAGGUGUGCACUAAGAAUCUAUCGAAAUAGCACGGUCUUCCUUCCUUCUCUACUUAACACCAAAAAACAUAAACUAAGACCAGCGCUAUUGUACUGAUUGACAUUUUUCGACACAAAAAAGGCGAGCGCUAUCGUGCCGCUUGGUUCUUUUCGUACUCAAUGAAGACAAGCGCUAUUGCACUGUCUGCAUUUUUCGACAAUGUUGUUUCAAUGACCUCUGGGAUUCAAAUAAUUAUAAGGCAAACGAUUA